AACUAUUAAAAGAGAGCCUGUUUGCAUUUGUUGCUCAGUCUGUUGACAACUUUAAAACGUGAUAUUUGAAGCCAGAUUUUUCGAAAUGAUGUCGAGACCGACCGAUAUCAUCAAGGGACACAGCCAAGCGGAGACGCCGCAAGGGAGUCCCCCGGAUAUUCCGAAAUUAAUGCCCGGCGGCAACUACAUCAAAAUCGGUCGCGACUCGGCCAAGAGCACGUGCCUGGUGUUCGCCCCCCUCGCCGAAGAGGUGGGCGUUUUGGCCAAAUGCCUCAACAUCUUCAAACAACACGGCGUCAACCUCCUCCACAUCGAAUCGCGACCCUCCGCCCGCAUCCGCAACAACUACGAAUUCAUGGUGGAGUGCGCCCCCACCGGAGACCUGGCCUCCGCCAUCGCCGAAAUCAAGAAAAACACCGAGUACUUCAACAUCAUCUCGCGCGACUACAAAGACAACAAGGACACGGUGCCCUGGUUCCCGUGCCGUAUCCGCGACCUGGACAAGUUUGCCAACCAAAUUUUGUCGUAUGGGGCCGAGCUGGAUGCGGAUCAUCCUGGGUUUACAGACCCGGUGUACAGGGCUCGGAGGAAGUAUUUCGCCGAUAUUGCGUAUAAUUACAAGCACGGGGAGAAGUUGCCGCAUGUGGACUACACCGAGGAGGAGAUCGAGACCUGGGGGAAGGUUUUCGAUCAGUUGACGACCCUGUAUCCUACCCAUGCCUGCAAGGAGCAUAAUCAUGUGUUCCCGCUCUUGAUCGAGAACUGUGGGUAUCGGAGGGACAAUAUUCCGCAGUUGGAGGAUGUCUCCAACUUUUUGAAAGAUUGUACCGGUUUCACUCUGCGUCCAGUUGCUGGCCUUCUCUCAUCUCGCGACUUUUUGGCCGGUCUGGCCUUCAGAGUGUUCCACUCAACCCAGUACAUCCGGCAUCCAAGCAAACCGUUCUACACCCCUGAACCGGACGUCUGCCACGAACUUUUAGGACACGCUCCUUUAUUCGCCGACCCUUCCUUUGCCCAGUUCUCCCAACAGAUCGGUUUAGCUUCUCUUGGGGCUCCAGACGACUACAUCGAAAAACUCGCAACGUGCUUCUGGUUCACUGUCGAGUACGGAUUGUGCCGCGAAGGCAACGAGUUGAAGGCCUACGGUGCUGGGUUGCUGUCCUCCUAUGGGGAGCUCCAAUACGCUCUGGAGAAUAAGGCCGAGGUGAGGCCUUUUGAGCCGGAGAAAACGGCCGUUCAGGAGUAUCCCAUCACGCAAUAUCAGCCCGUUUAUUACGUGGCUGAGAGUUUCGAAGAUGCCAAAGAGAAAAUGAUAAAAUAUGCAGCCACGAUACCCAGAGCGUUCGGUGUUCGUUACAAUGCCUACACCCAAAGUAUCGAAGUCUUGGAUUCUAAACCGCAAAUCGAAAGCUUGGUCACGAAUAUUAGUACCGAAAUUUCGGUACUUGUAGACAGUUUGAAGAAAUUAUAAGUUUCGUCGUCUGCUCCAAUAUUUUUAUAAGUAUUAUGUAAGACAUAAUGAUUUUGUACGACUCUUAUGUUUAAUUGUGUCUAAAUUAUUUUUUAUAAUAAAAGCUUUAUUCCACUUUAA